AUGACAAUCAUCACAGCCUAUGUAGAUGACAUGCUUAUAACAUCACCCAGUCAUAUGGAGGUAAGCCACACUAAGGAUGAGAUAAUGGCAAAAUGGGGAAUGGAAGAUAAAGGACCUGUGAAGGAGUUCUUAGGUGUAAGGAUAGAUCGAGACAGAAUACAGAGAAGAAUGACACUCGACCUAAUGGCUUACAUUAAGGCUAUGGUGAGAAAGUGGCUACAAACAACUGAUCUGAAGUCAUGGGUACCAAUGCAGAGCCUAAUGGGUGUUACGGGUGGCGACAAGUGUGACCCAUUGGUAGCAAAACAGUACCAAGAAUUAGUUGGACAGCUUUUAUGGGUAUCUAACACAGCACAGCCCAACAUAUCAUUCACCGUAGGAACACUAGCAAGAUACAUGUCGAGCCCAAUGAGCAAUGCAUGGAAGGCAGCAUUACAUUUGGUGAAGUACCUCAAUCAAACCAGCGAAUAUAAGUUACUCUUUGGAGAUGAAGUGAACAAACACUCAGGACAGUGUCAGGGGUCGCGCGCCUGA